CACCAGCAGCAGCAGUCAAAAACAAAAUUAUUUUUAUCUCACGAAUUGCAAUUCUCCGGCUGCGGGCUCCGUGGAAAAAUAAAUAAAAAUUGAUGAUAAAGUAUUAUUUGUUGCAAACUUCAAAUUGAAAAUCAUUUAAACAAAAGAAUUGCUUACAUUUAACCCACGAACCUAGGAUGCCUUUAAUGCCGCUUCCCCCAAUUAUGCAGAAUGCUAUCGAACCCAUGCAAGUAGAUGCCCAACCCGAAGACAAUGAAAACAACGAAGACAGCAAUUACAUCGUCGAGAAUCCAACAUUGGAUCUUGAAGUCUAUGCCAAUUCCUAUGCAGGUCUAGCAAAACUCUCACGACUCAUUUUUGUUGCAAAUGUCUGUCCGUCUCUGCGUUUGGAUGCCCUGAAAAUGGCCAUCAAUUAUGUCUCGACAACAUAUAAUGUUCCCCUCUAUCAAAUCCUGCACAAAAAAUUAGCAGACAUGAAUGUUGGGGCCAUGCUGCCUGAUGUCGCUGCUCAAUCCACACCGCAAGACAUACCAACUUUUGAUCCAGUUUGGGUGGAAACAAAGACCAAGAAGGCCGCCCUUAAAUUGGAAAAACUCGACAGUGAUCUGAAGAACUACAAGUCGAAUUCAAUCAAAGAGAGUAUUCGACGAGGCCACGACGAUCUGGGAGAUCACUACUUGAACUGCGGUGAUCUGUCCAACGCACUCAAAUGCUACUCGAGAGCUCGUGACUACUGCACCAGCGGCAAACAUGUGGUCAAUAUGUGUCUGAAUGUAAUCAAGGUUUCGCUGUAUCUACAGAACUGGUCUCAUGUCUUGAGCUAUGUCUCGAAGGCAGAAAGUACUCCUGACUUUGCCGAGGGCAACAAGGACGCCAAUCAAACCGUACUUACUCGCCUCAAGUGCACCGCUGGCCUGGCUGAGUUGCAAACAAAGAAAUACAAAUCGGCAGCUAAACACUUCUUGCAGGCCAACUUCGACCACUGCGAUUUCCCAGAAAUGAUAUCGCCAAACAAUGUCGCCAUGUAUGGUGGCUUAUGCGCUCUGGCCACAUUUGAUCGUCAGGAACUGCAGAAGAAUGUCAUCUCUAGCAGUUCGUUCAAGCUGUUCUUGGAACUUGAACCACAGCUCAGAGACAUUAUCUUCAAGUUUUACGAAUCCAAAUAUGCCUCGUGUCUAAAUAUGCUCGAGCAAAUACACGACAAUCUGCUUCUGGACAUGUACAUUGCUCCUCACGUGAAUACGUUGUACACUAAAAUACGCAACCGAGCACUGAUCCAGUAUUUUAGUCCCUAUUUGUCGGCCGAUAUGCGUAGCAUGGCGACUGCCUUCAAUCGCAGUGUGUCCGCGCUAGAGAACGAGCUAAUGCAACUCAUCUUGGACGGGCAGAUUCAAGCCCGCAUUGAUUCUCACAAUAAGAUUUUGUACGCCAAGGAUGCAGACCAGCGUAGCAGUACUUUUGAGAAGGCCAUAAACAUCGGAAAAGAAUAUCAACGGAGAUCUAGGAUGCUUGUACUUCGUGCCGCUAUGCUUAAGGCUCAUAUUCAUGUCAAGAACACUCUUCGCGAUGGUGGAAAUCAUGGAAGUGAUCUAUGCGUCGCAGCGGGUUCCAGUACCACAUCUGGGCUGAGGAAUUGAGAAGACCCUUUUGAAUAAUUUUUCGCUUGAAACAAAGAAUGUAGAACUAUAAAAUCCUUUCGCUAACAUAAAAUGUUGAGGAAAUAAAAUAAAUACAUUUUUUGUUGCAUUUA